GCAAUCGGGGAAGAGGAACAGGCUUGGCCGCCCCGAUGCAGGGCGGGAGGGGGCGGCCGGGAAAGCACGUGAGGGCAGCAGGGCCGGAACCGGGCCUCCUCCCUUCUUCGGAAGCCUGGCCGGGAGGGGAGGACCGCUAGGUGGGAAUGGGCUACAGAGCCAGUGGACAGUGCCCACAUGGGCCUCCGAGAGCAGGGCAGAGCUGACUCGGAACAGAGGGAGAGCCGGAGCUAGGUCCAGCCGGGUGCCAGAUCUCAAAGUGGAAGGGCCUGUGAACGGCAGACAUGGAGAGGGGAGACACCCGCCGAGGCCUACGGCCAGCCAGCUGCAGCAUCUGGGAACCAGAAGUCCCAGUUGGCAUCCAUCUGGACUCCUGGGGGUUCCUGCCCCGUUGUGUGACUUUUAAAGAUAAGCUGCAGAGGAAUAACAAGCCAGCCAGCCCUUCCGUCCCCUGAUCCACCCCAGUGCACACAUUAGUGGGCACAGGUCAUCUACAAGACACUGCAGAGAGUGCUGUGGCCUCUGCUCCCCUGUCCUUUGACGACGGAGGACCACGUAGACCAAAUUCCCCAUGAAUAGGGGCGGCUGCACCGGAGCUGGGUAGCCACAGUCUUCAGUCCCAGUUUCCUCACCCAGGAAGGAGCCUCUGAAUCCUUCUGAACUGGAGGAAGCUGAGAGACCAUCAGUCCAGCCGCUUUGCCUUAAUCGUGAGAAGAUGGAGGCUGAGGGUGCCACAUAGAGAGAGACCAGGAUUCUGGGGGGCUUGGUCUAGUCCCUGCCCGCUUUCUUCCCACCAUUUCCCGGCAACCCGUUAACAACAGCCCCUGCCAUGCCCCCUUAUGCCAGGCUCUCUGGUCUUCAAGUUGCUGUGCUCCUGGCGAAUUCCCACCUGUCCUUGAGGCUCGCACGGGCUCUGGGAUACACCCCCACCCCAGGCUGCACAGAUGCCACACAGACAGCGGUCUGGGCUUAUUCUUUCCCGCCUCACCAGGCUGUGAGUUGUGCAAUGGCCUAGACUGGAUCUUUAGGACUGGGUCUCAGUGCUUGGCCGAGUCUGGCCCGUACCAAGUACAUGUUUAUGGAAUAAACGAUGAUGCCUUGUCCACAUCACAUAGCCAGUCUGCGGCAGGACUAGCCUAGACUCCAGAGUUCCCUAUUUCUGGGUCCCAAGCUCAUUCCUGCCUGAGUUUAGAUAUUUCACUCUCCUCUCCUGGUGCAGACCUCAGACCUGUACUCUGCAGGCAAAUGUUUAUAUGGACAGUCCCAGGCAGCCCGGAAGGGGAAGAAAUACCAGAGGAGCACACCCUGCUCAGGGCUGCCGCUCUUUCAAAGUCCAGGGAAUUGGGGGCUGAGACUGGACUCACCACUGAGCUCUUCAAUGCAUACAGAACAUUUCCUGUACUUCAAAAGGCUCCUGCUUCACAGGUAAGCCCUAUCUCAGAUCUUUUUUAACCACAGCUGGCUGAACUGUAUCCUUUCUGCUGCCAAUCUCAUGCUGUCAGUUCAGCCUUCAAGGAGUCUCUGGGUCCUAAAGAAAGAGCCUUCAGAUCUGGACUUUAAUCCUGGUCCCGACACUUCCCCUCUCUGGGCCUCUUUUUUUUUUUUUUUUUUUUUUGUAUUUGCCAGUCAACUGCUGGUUUGCUUACAGAUCUGUCCUCCCCUCUUCCUUUGCUGUUUUGUAUCACUGCUGGGAACUACAUUUCCCAGACUCCUUUUUCCUCGGGCUUCUGGGUAGUUUCAGCCAAUAGGAAGACAGGUGAGUGAAGGACAGGUAGGUGGGAGGAGGAAAGAAGCCAGGCUAUUUCUCUGUCUCUCUUUGCUUUUCGGACAUUGGAUAUCACCUGUGUUUGCCUGUGUUUCUUCCUUCCCUCCUUUCAUAAUCCCAUCUCCUGUCAGGCAGCCCCCACUAUUUAAUUCCUGCCAAAUAACUCAGGAGGCCUCUGGGUCUAUGAUGCUUAAUUACCCUGCUGUCCUUCCAGCCCUAGAGAUGUAGCUGCUUCCUGCUUUGCUGUUUUCUGGGUUGCCUCGCUGUCCCCCGUUGGCUUCUCAUCUCUUUCAUCACCCGUGUACCAAUUUCUUGGGUUAACUUUCUUCCACUUGGAAGACUUAAGAGUGUUUGCUGUUUCUAAGCUGGACCACAAUUGAUAAGUCUUAGCAAUAAAUGGUUAUUAUGCCUACCCAACCUUCUCCAGGAGGGUGAAGGAAACUCACAGGGGGAUCCAUGAAUUCUUUGUGGGCAGGGCGUUGUCUUGGUUUCUUUUUCUUUGUGUUCUUUGCCAGCUUCCUUGAAGCUCAUUUCCAUUGGGCAGCACCAGGGCUGGACUGAGUACCCCACAGAUUCCCAGAAUGUUUGGCCUUCUUCCGAGAGGACUACUGAGAGAUCUUCCUUCCCAGAGGUCCAUGAAGAAUCCAAAAAGGGUGCCUGGUGGGAAUGGAUUCUUCUGGAUACUCUUUCCCACACAGUUCUUAGCCAACUGGUGCUCUCAGAAAGGGUCUGAUCUAGAACGACGCCUUCCCUGAGCAUGGGCUGCCCCCCACCCACUGCCCCGGUACACUGACAGGCACUUCUGGGGACACCACGUCCACGUGCUCCGGCUCAGCCCAGACCCGUCCUUGUGAUUCUUCUCACAGAGCCCUUGAGAUGAGAACUAUUUGCUGUGCUGCUUUGAGCCCGUGGUUGGAUUUCAGACACCAGCUAGCAAACAGAAAAGGCAGGGAGAAGACUGGUUUCUCUUUAUGGACGGUCGGUUUCUUCAUCUCGAAAAUGAAGGAAAAAUCAGCCUUUCCCUUCCCAGGAGGGUGUUCCCAGCAGGCAUCAAGGGGAGUGAUGGGACCGGGUUUGGAAUCCUGGCUGACAGCAGCUCUCACUUUAAGAGGCCACAGGAGAACUUCUGCCCUAAGAGGAAGCUGCAGGGCCCAGCUGCACCCUGAGUUUGGAGUACCCCGCUUCCCUCUUACUUGUCUGGUACACCCCUUGGUGUUCCUCAAGACCCAGCUGAGAUGUGACCUUCUCCAGGAAGCCUUCCUGAGUCUCCUCAGGGCUCAUGAAAGGAGAGCAGCAUGAGGAGCAGGGGCUGGGCCCCGACCCUGCGGCACCCCCGCAGCCCAAAGAGGAGGAGGAGGCCCUGAUCGAGUUCCACCGCUCCUACCGAGACCUCUUCCAGUUCUUCUGCAACAACACCACCAUCCACGGUGCCAUCCGCCUGGUGUGCUCCCAGCACAACCGCAUGAAGACGGCCUUCUGGGCUGUGCUCUGGCUCUGUGCCUUCGGCAUGAUGUACUGGCAGUUCGGCCAGCUGUUCGGGGAGUACUUCAGCUACCCCGUCAGCCUCAACAUCAACCUCAACUCAGACAAGCUCGUCUUCCCCGCCGUCACCAUCUGCACCCUCAAUCCCUACAGGUACACGCAAAUUAAAGAGGAGCUGGAGGAGCUGGACCGCAUCACAGAGCAGACGCUCUACGACCUGUACAAAUACAACUCCUCCAGCACCCUGGGGACCCACCCCCGCGGUCGUCGCGACUUGCGGGAGCCCUGGCCGCACCCCCUGCAGCGCCUGUGGGCCCCGGCCCCGCCCCCCGGGGCCCGCGGAGUCCGCAGCGCCGCCUCCAGCGUGCGGGACAAUAACCCCCAAGUGAACAGGAAGGACUGGAAGGUCGGCUUCCAGUUGUGCAACCGGAACAAAUCGGACUGCUUUUACCAGACGUACUCGUCAGGGGUGGAUGCAGUGAGGGAGUGGUACCGUUUCCACUACAUCAACAUUCUUUCUCGACUGCGAGACACUUCUCCAUCCUCAGAGGAGGACAUGCUGGACAACUUCAUCUUUGCCUGUCGCUUCAACCAGGCCUCCUGCAAUCAGGCGAAUUACUCCCACUUUCACCACCCGAUAUAUGGGAACUGCUACACUUUCAAUGGCAAGAACAACUCUAACCUCUGGAUGUCUUCCAUGCCUGGGAUCAAAAAUGGUCUGUCCCUGACGCUGCGCACAGAGCAGAAUGACUUCAUCCCGCUGCUGUCCACGGUGACCGGGGCCAGGGUAAUGGUGCAUGGGCAGGAUGAGCCUGCCUUCAUGGACGAUGGCGGCUUUAACUUGAGGCCUGGUGUGGAGACCUCCAUCAGUAUGAGGAAGGAAGCCCUGGACAGACUUGGGGGCGACUAUGGUGACUGUACCAAGAAUGGCAGUGAAGUCCCCGUGGAGAACCUUUAUCUUACCAAGUAUACACAGCAGGUGUGUAUCCACUCCUGCUUCCAGGACAGCAUGAUCAAGGAGUGUGGCUGUGCCUACAUCUUCUAUCCGUUGCCCAAGAACGCGGAGUUCUGUGACUACAGGAAGCAUAAUUCCUGGGGUUACUGUUACUAUAAGCUCCAGGAUGCCUUUUCCUCAGACCGCCUGGGGUGUUUCACCAAGUGCCGGAAGCCGUGCAGUGUGACCAGCUACCAGCUCUCUGCUGGUUACUCACGAUGGCCCUCAGUGACAUCCCAGGACUGGAUCUUCCAGAUGCUAUCCCGACAGAACAAUUAUACUAUCAACAACAAAAGAAAUGGGGUCGCCAAACUCAACAUCUUCUUCAAGGAGCUGAACUACAAAACCAAUUCUGAGUCUCCCUCUGUCACGAUGGCCACUCUCCUGUCCAACCUGGGCAGCCAGUGGAGCCUGUGGUUCGGCUCCUCGGUGCUGUCUGUGGUGGAGAUGGCUGAACUCAUCUUUGACCUCCUGGUCAUCACGUUCCUCAUGCUGCUCCGGAGGUUCCGAAGCCGAUACUGGUCUCCAGGCCGAGGGGGCAGGGGUGCCCAGGAAGUGGCCUCCACUCCAGCUUCCUCCCUCCCGUCCCAUUUCUGCCCCCACUCCACAUCCCCACCAGGCCCUGCUACCUCCCCGGCCUUGAUGGCCCCUCCGCCUGCCUAUGCCACUCUGGGUCCCUGCCCAUCUCCAUCCAACUUGGUGGAGGCCAGCUCCUCUGCCUAUACUCUGGGGGAGCCUUGAGAGGGAAGGAAAGUGCCCUCCCCUCCCAAGGCAGGCGCUUCCCCUGGUGGGAGGGGAGCAGGCUUGGCAGGAUUAAAGAAUGUCUUGGGACUUCCUCUCAGAGCUGCCUAACUGCCUUUGGUGUGGGGGAGGGAAGCAGGGUGGAUAAGGGGCUACAGAAAUUGCCCAGGAAACGGGGGCCAGGGAACCUGCCCAUAAUUGCCCUGGCUUCUGUCUUGUGCCCUCUGGUCCUGCCUCUAGAAGACUCUGAUUUCCCUAUCCAAGUGCAAACAAGUCUUCUUUUCCCUGGGAUCAGCCAAGCCAAACUUGGAGCUUAGACAAGGAACCUUCCUAGGAAACCACUGGCGACCGGAAACAAAACACAAGCAAGGGCACACAAAGGCAUGCACAGGUUUCCUACCCAAAGAUGACUGAAGCCAACCCCGGGCCUGGCCACACUGCUUUCCAGUGACACAGACAUUUGAUCCUCUUCUUGAACUUGAGUGGGGAACCCCACCCAAAAGCCCCCUUUGUUCCUUCUUGGGCAAUUCCCCUUCCU